AUGAGCAUCCUCCAAAAUGGAAAAAUUCCAAGAUUUUGGGGGGAGGAAGUUGUUCAGGAAACCUUCUCAAGAGCAGCAGCAUCCCCUUGUAUUGGAUACUUGAGGGAAGGACUAUCCAAACUAGGGAUAUACCAGGUAGAAAACUAACAUGCUACGACUAGAUGUAAUUACUUUAUUUAAGGGAAAAGAACUUCAGCUACAGUGAGUUAACAUCGCAUAAAGCAGCUAAAAUGUUUUCACACAUNAAAUAUCAAUCAGUGAAAAUAAAAGAAAUUUAUGGUAAGACUGGGUUACUAGCGGCAAAGAGCUGUAUAUACUUACAUUAGUUCUUCUUGCACUGAAUUUACGGCCGCCAUUUUGAAUCAGCAGCCAUGAAUGGCACUUGUUUCCAAGAUCCAAUAGGAGGGCCUGACUCCAGAAAACGAGAGCACUCAGUCUUCACUGAAGGUUCCAAUAUUUCUGUUGCAGCACAGCAGCCUGUUAAUGUACAUAGAGCAUCCAGUCCGCAGUCUUCUUAGAGUACAUCCCUGCAGUGUCAUGUACAGUCUAACUCCAGCCCGGUCUUCUUCUAAAUGUAAACCAUAAUUAAAUUUUUUGGGCUUCCAUUUAUCCAAAGUUACAUUUUACCUUUUUGAAGGUGUCACUAAGAUGGUGUGACAAUGCCAAACCCUCAAAUGAUCUUGCUUUUAUGCCACAUUUGCUAGCAACAGGGAUGAGCAUCCUCCAAAAUGGAAAAAUUCCAAGAUUUUGGGGGGAGGAAGUUGUUCAGGAAACCUUCUCAAGAGCAGCAGCAUCCCCUUGUAUUGGAUACUUGAGGGAAGGACUAUCCAAACUAGGGAUAUACCAGGUAGAAAACUAACAUGCUACGACUAGAUGUAAUUACUUUAUUUAAGGGAAAAGAACUUCAGCUACAGUGAGUUAACAUCGCAUAAAGCAGCUAAAAUGUUUUCACACAUCCUUCGUAUGAGCAAGAAGGAAUUCAUGAUUCAUGGCAGAUUAUUACAGGAUUAUUUGAGUCAGGGAAAGGUGAUGGUGCUAAGGGCUGUAAAAAGACCUAUUAUCAGAGAUAAAGUGUUCACUGUAACUUCUACCUACAAUCACCUUUGUUUGGCUGGUCAGGGAAAUUUCAAAAGUCAGGAAAACUGGCUAUGAUUUACUUAACCUUUUACAGAUUAGGUUAAUAUUGUAGUUUGGGCAUUACUUUCUCAGAGGCAGAGUGUUGUGCUAUAAUUUUCAUUGAAGCACAAGACGAAUUUGACUGACCUAACACUAUUAAUGAUUUUCCUUUUUUAUUAGCCUGGAAGCCGUACACGCAUAUUCAUUCACUUGCUGCGGCAAAACCCAGCUAGAAUAAUAUCACCUUAA